UGGAAACCUCAGCACCGGGGCUCUGCUCGUCAUUUCCUGUGGCUUGUUGCUGUGGAACAGAUGAAGAGGCUUCCUCCACCCACCCUCCCCAAAGUGCACAUGAACAACUCGCUACGGCAGCACCCUCAUUUCAAGAGGAGGGGAGAAACGGGAGUUGCCAAGUCCUGGUGAACCCCAGAUCUGAGCGCUGAGCGCUCUCAGACCCUUGCAGAGACGAACAGAAGCCUCUCCAGACACCAUGGAAGGAGGAGGCCCGUCUAACUUGACUCUGGCCAAUGCCAGUUCUGAGUGCCUCCUUCAAGCGGACUUCCAGUAUUCCUUCUUCCCCGCCGUCUACAGCACGGUCUUCGUUUUGGGUCUGCUGGAAAACGUAGCGGCCUUAUAUCUUCUGACCUGCAAGACGGCCGGUGCGCCCAGAUCCUUCGUCUAUCUCAUCAACUUGGCUGUGGUGGACACCUUGUUUGUCUGCGUCCUGCCGUUCAAGAUCCACUACCACCUCCACCGCAACGACUGGAUCUUCGGCGACGUGGCCUGCAGGGUCACCGGCAGCAUGUACUUCGUCAACAUCUACCUCAGCGUCGCCUUCUUCACCUGCAUCUGCGUCGACCGGUACGUGGCAGUCCUCCACCCUUUUGCGUACAUCAGGAUCAAGGGGGGCCAUUACGGCGUGGUCUGCGCCCUUCUCUGGGUGGUGGCGAUGGGUGUGGCAAUUCCCCUCGUGCUGGGGGGACCUCUGACCUCCCGCAAAAGCAACAGGACGGCCUGCUUCGAGAGCUUUCGAGCGGGCAGCUGGGGGCGGAUGGUCCCUUACAACGUCUGCGCCCUGGUGUUCGGCUUUGCCAUUCCGUUCGUGGUCAUCUUGAUCAGCUACCCCUUGAUCGCCAGGCGCAUCUCUCGCAUCCCCCGCAGCGCCCGCAAGAGGAAAGCCCUGGGCACCAUCUACCUGAUCCUCCUCAUCUGCGUGACCUGCUUCCUGCCCUACCACCUCACCCACCUGCUCCACUUCCUGAUGCGGGCCGGCCUCCUCCGGACCUGCCGCUUUGCGACCUUCAUUUACAAAAUGCGCCGGGUAACCUUGGCGCUGGUCAGCUUCAACUGCUGCCUGAAUCCCAUUCUUUACUACUUCACUUCGGCCCGCAAGCGGUGGCGCUGCCAGCUGCCUCUCAAAACCAGGGCCACAAAAGUCUACACCGUCAGCGGGGGGCAGAACUGCAAUCUCCCAUACGCUGGCGAAGUACGGCAACCGGAAGACAUGGGUGCGGUGACCUUGUUGAAAAGGGCCACUGUAGCUUGGCAGACCUUAAACGGAAAUUGA